UCUGUCUCCACUUGACUUUGGAGCGUGGUGCGGAGAUUACGAGGAUGGGUGCGACGGUGUCCAGCCCCGCCGCGACAGUCUCGGCUGAAGCGGUGGCGGUUCCACACGUUGGCCUUUCUCCACCCCAGGGCUGUCCGAUGCACCAGGAACACAAACAGACGGCUCCUCCGCCAGAAUGCCCCAUGCACCAGGCAGCUCCUGCCGAGAUAAAGACUCCAUCUGCCGGCCCAACGCAUCAGGAGCGAGCCUAUGAGUUCGUGGAGUGUCCAAUGAGGGCAGCAUCUGGAGCCAACCAAGGACUUGGUGACAUUGACCCUGCAAACAUGAUGCCCCCACCAAACCAGAUGCCCGCCCCAGAUCAGCCCUUUCCAUUGGCUGUGACCAGAGAGGAGUCCAGGAUCCCACGGGCUGGGUCAGACAAGAACUGGGUCUAUCCCUCUGAGCAGAUGUUCUGGAAUGCCAUGCUACGGAAGGGGUGGCGCUGGAAGGAUGAUGACCUUGCUCCUCAGGACAUGUCCAACAUCAUUAAGAUUCACAACCAAAACAACGAGCAGGCCUGGCAGGAGAUCCUAAAAUGGGAAACUCUCCAUGCCAAGGAAUGCCCCUGCGGACCCUCGCUGGUCCGGUUUGGAGGAAAAGCUAAAGAGUACUCUCCAAGGGCCCGGUUUCGCCACUGGAUGGGGUACGAGUUGCCGUUUGACAGACACGACUGGAUUGUUGACCGAUGUGGACGGGAAGUGCGAUACGUGAUCGAUUAUUACGACGGGGGCGAGGUGGACAAGGAGACGUAUCAGUUCACCAUCCUUGACGUCCGCCCAGCGUUUGACUCUCUCGACGCGGUGUGGGAUCGCAUGAAAGUUGCGUGGUGGCGUUGGACCUCCUAAGUCCACACAAAUACUCUAGGUGAAAAAAUAAGGACUCUGUUCUCCCAUUCUGAAAUGUGAAAACCAGAAACGGGGCUUGGACAGAAAGGGUAUUGAAAAGAUCAUUGUUUUGUACAGCUGUUGUUUUUAAACAAGAAGUACACUCAUUUCAGUUUUUGAGGUGCCAUGCUUUAAUGCUAGAUCGUAGGAAAUGUAACCCAAUGUAUAGAGGUUUGUCAGCCUACCGAUGGCUUUCUGGAGGAGUAUGUGAAGAUGUGGAUUUUCUGCUUAUCUUCUCUGCUUUUAUUAUGGUGUCAUGUUUGCACUGUGUGCUCUUUAAGGAUGGCAGUGUGUGGGCAAUGGCUGUCUCCACUUUGGGGUAAAUGGUUCAUUUUAAAGGGCUAUGGUUCAAAUCAGUAUUUUACAGCGUAGCACAAUGUAUUCUUAGAUUGUCCUUCCUCCUUUGUAUUAGUUGAUAUAAAGGGAGUUCUCAGGUUAUGGUCAGUGUAUUUGUUUGAAGCAAAUGUGACCUCAGAUGACCAAGUCAAAAAGCUAAACGGCAAACCCUUGUGGAGGCUACCGACAUAAAGGCAUAACAAGGAGCACCUCCACUACUUAUUUAUUUGGUUGAUACCUAUAAUGUUAUAAUGGAAUGAUAAUGGUAAAAAUUUAAAAUAAAUUUGGCAUGUUGAAGAUCCGUUCCAUGCAAAACCUUGUUUAUUAGAUGCUGAAUUGAUUAUUUGAAACUCAUGAAUGGUUAACAAAGUGGUGUUGUUAAACACGUUUGGGCACAGAAAAAUGGUUUCAUAUUUUAAAACACUGGUUAACUUUCAGAACCAGAAAGGAUCAGUAAGAUUCUAUCCUCAGACAUGCUAUUUCUUUCCACAGCUAGGGCUCCACUAAAGUAUGUGACUGUAUGUCAUGUAGUUUGGGUUAUGUAGAGAAUGUGAAACCUCAUCUGAAUAUACCCAUCUGCUGCAGCUCCCAAUAAAAGUAAUAUUUUGUUUUA